GGCGCAACUACGUUGACGCUGGUUCCCAGGCUGCUCACAAUUGCCGCUUUUUGUCCUCAAUCGAUAUAAUGCCGCGGUAUUGGAGACUGUGAGAGCAACAGGAAACAUGAGCCCAGCCCUAUGUGUCGGAAGAGUUGGCUCAUGUUCCUGCAAAAACAAUUAGAGCGAAACGGAAUUUGGUUCCUAUCAAUUUACAUUGAUCUUAGUUUCGUAACUCUAUCUAAGCGUGAUGAAAAACAUGUCGAUGUUGUUAAAUAAUAUCGAAGUCAAUGGGUGAUGGUCAUGAAAGGGCUUCCACUGAAGUAUGACUAAUUAAAACAUUGCCACUAAUAACGUUUCUCUGAAUGAAUACUUGGCACUUUAAUUCAGUGCAUUAAACCGGCGAAUAAUUGGUUCAAGUACUUAGUGUCAAAAAUAUUUGGAACCAUCCAAACGCGCAUCGUUUUAAAAUUAAUUUCGAUACAAUAUGCAGCACUUUGUUAACUCUUUCAUAUUAUUUUGUUGGUGUAUAGUGAUUUGUGAUGGUCACUUGAAGAAUUUAGCUUGGAACGGCGGCCCGCUGCACCUGAAAUGUGAAUUCAGCCCGGAUUUGUGGAUGAGAGGUGGAUACAUAAAGGACAAUGUGAUUGCUGUGAAGGCGGUGCCGUAUAAGGAUGACAUUUACGUCAUCACACCUAGAAUGAAGCAAGGUGUGAUGGCGACACUCUGGCUGAUCAUUCGCGAGAAGAAUAGCGUGGAACUCCAGCCAUACCCAGAACUGCGAGACCAUAAACUAAGCGAUUGCAACGCCAUACAAAAUGCCGUAGACUUCUAUCUGGAUCAUCUAGGAAAACUGUGGAUAUUGGACACUGGCAUUAUCGACACACUGUCGAACCCGCAAUGCACUUGCCCGCCAAAGGUGGUCGUCGUUAAUCUUCUCCUAGGCAAACUGAUCAAGCGCAUCGAUAUCUCUUCUCAUAUGGAAGCAAACUCCUUGCUGCAGAACAUCGUCGUAGAAUAUGCCUUAGGAGGCAAUGCUUUCAUAUAUGCAUCGGACGCUUCUCGUGGAGCAAUUCUGGUACACGAGGUAUCAACUGGUGCCGGCUGGUCGGUGGUGACAUGUGGCCCUGCAACUGGCCUGCAGAUAUCGUUGGUGAAACGAGUGACACACGCCGUCUUGAUCCUCGUCAGGCUACACUACCCUGGGAUUAUCGAGUUGGAUACCACUACUCUACGAAGGAAAGAUUCUCUCACUCCGAUGACAGUAUUUGGUGAGCACAGCAAGCCAGUGGUGCUAUUGGGGGCAGACAAUUUCCACGUAUAUCUUCGUCAUACAGAAUGUUCAGACGUGUUAGUAUGGAACUCUCGGGACGCCUACAACUCGUCAUGCCUUGAUAACAUACACUCGGCAGGCCCACGAAUGACGACCACCUCUGUAGCCGCUGACCCUCUGAAAAAUGUACUAAUUGUUCUCGAUUCUAACUACCUAGAUACACUUCAAGGAAAUUCACCCACGUAUCAUAAAAUUAGUUUUAUAAACAAAAAUGUUUAGUAAAUAAAAUGCAAUCCAAAUAUU